AGCUUAUCUCGCGCUAGGCAUCGUUCCUGUAAAUUACGUGGCCGUCCGGUAAGGCAGCGAGCACGCCACAACCGAAGUAGCAGAAGAGCGGCUCGUUCAUGCAAGCUUUGAAGACAGCAGCAGAUUCUUUGGUGGCGUGGUUUGCGUAGCAGUGAAGCGGCGUUGUCUGUUGUACCUGAGUUUUUCUUACCGCUCCUGUUGUACUCAUUUUAUAGUGAAGGAUUCUGUGCAACAUUUGGGAGGCAUGGCAGACCAGAGUGGUCCAUUCCAGUGUGACCACGCUGGUUGUAUCUCCACCUUCAAGGAUAUCCGAGAGAAAACUCGGCACAAUAGACGGGGACUGCACAAAUAUCCACGGGCAGAACCUAGUUUUGUUCGUUCUGAUGACCUGGGGCAGAUACAACAGGAGUACGCGGAUUCUUUGAGGGAAGUUGGACAAGCAUUGGAGUCCGGUAGCAGAAAGAGGAGAUCAGCAGCUAGGGAGGACCGCAUGAACAGGCCACUUCCACAUCCAGAAGCAGCACAACUUAACGAGGACACUACAGGGUAUGACUUCUCACCGAGAGCGGACACGUCUCUCGCUGACCUUGACAGCAGGCUUUACAGGUUUUGCAAGACAGCUACUGGUGGAGCAGGCCUCUCUCGUGCAGACAUCAAGGAGUUGUUGAGCAUUGUGAUUCAGGCGAUAGAGGCACCUGGCCGUGUUAGUCUGAGAAGUAUGGCUGACUUUGACAGGUUCGAGGAGGAAAGGACUUCGGAAGCAGACUUAGAGAAGUUUAUAGUGAAGAACUUGCGUAAGGGUGGGGAUUUGAAGGAUGUCAACCUCUACUACCGUUCAAGUAUGUCCUGCGUUAGGGGGCUGUACCAGAAUCCGGCAAAUAGGGAGGGCUUUGUCGCCAAGCCUGUUGAAUUACCUGAAGGUGCUAAGAUAAUCUACAAGGGGCCGGAGACAGGAUCUUGGUGGCGAGAGCUCCAGAGAAAGUUGCCAGUGGGCGGAUCUGUGGCAGCAGUGAUCAUGUACUCAGAUGAGACGACCCUCACCACUGAUGGUGGCGUUUGUGGCUGGCCCGUUUACAUAUCCUUGGGUAACAUCUCCUCUGGAAACCGGUGGCGAUCGCACGGCCAUCGGUUGUGUGCUUUGUUGCCUGAAAUCGACAAGCAGACUUUUGCAAAAGGAGAGGAGUCAAGGAGACGGCAUGAGGUCUUCCAAGAGUCCUUGAGUCUGAUCCUUGAAGAGCAAAAGAAGGUUUUGAAAGCAGGGGGUGAAUACAUGAUCGACCCCUGGGGCAUCAAGCGGUGGGUGCAUCCGGCCACAUAUGCGUAUGUGGGUGACUACCCUGAACAGUGCAAGGUGGCCGGAACAAAGUCGGGCGUCAGCACUGCGUUCCCCUGCCCUAAGUGCACAGUCCCCAACACAGAGCUCAGCAACAUGCUGCACCCGAUACGAUAUAGGACGGAAGUUGAACAGUUAGGUUUCGUGCAGGAGAUUCUAGGGACUCAGGGUAAGACCGCUCGCAGCGAUGUUGAGGUCAAGCACAGCACACACGGUGUUCAUUGUGCAUUAUGGGGUUUCGAGCACAACGGCGAGCCAUUCGGUAACCCAUAUCGAUCUCUCAUGGUUGACCUCAUGCACAUGAGCAGUCUAGGUGUAUACAAGCACAUCCUAGGCUGCCUAAAGCAGAGGUUGUCGAAUGAGGUGCUGGCAAAGCUAGACUCGGAUCUAGCAAACGUCACGGCGUUUAGUCGACAAUCAUUCUUCAGAUUACCGGCACACACCGAUGGCUACUUCAGUGGCAACACAACUUUCCACGCAUUUCAACAUCAAGCAGUUAUGCAGGUUCUACCCGUUCUUCUGAUGCGACAAAAUGUUAGUCUCGAGAUAGUCAACACAGUUGAGUUGUUCUGCACAUGGCACGCUAUGGCAUGGCAUCGGACAUACCACACUGAGAACACUUUACGUGACCUUGAGAAGAUAACGCAGAAGCUCGUCCCCCUAUUGGUCGAGAACUUCAAGGACGAGCAAAGUUCCGAGUUCAAUAUACCGAAGAUCCAUGCAAUGCUGCAUGUCGCCGACGACAUCCGCCGCGGGGGUAUACCCGUUCAUUAUUGCUCCGAUUUGUACGAGCACAUCCACAUUGCCCUGGUCAAGCGGCCGUACAGGGCGUCCAACAAGCGCAACGCGGAGGCAUCUAUCACUCGGCGUUGCUUAAUCACUGAGCUCAUCGACUCGAUGACCGCAACUGAGGAUGGAGUGGAGGACAAGGAGGCACGAACGGUUGCUAUGAAACAGGCGCUGGAGAGUGGAUCACCAGCGGUUACGGGCCGUUACAUGAAACUCGACUACACCGAGCGCCGAAACACCACAUGGAAGGCGUAUGCCGAGGCAUGCCCGGGGGAAUUUAGAUGCCUCGCCGACAGCAUACAGGCAUAUCAGCAACAGCAGCAGCAUCCACAUGGCGCGCGCGUGAAAUGGGAGACGGUCCUGGACCUGCACAAGGGUGUUGCACUUCCACCUGAUGACGAUUUCACACGCUACAGCAAAUACCCAGCGUACGCGCGUGCAGCACCCACGUUCCACGGGAGGCCAUGGUUUUCGGAUGUGACUAUUGAUGGUGUAGACGACAACGGUGAUAGUACAGUAUGGCCAGCGAAGCUGCUUCUUAUAUUUACGCUGCAUCGCACAGUUACCACAACACGACGUGACAGGAACACUGGCGCGGAUGUGUCACGCGAACAACAUUACGCCGACCAAGUGGCAUUCGUUCGCUACUACCGGCAGUUCCCUGGAAGCCGGAAAACAGCUUUAACCCCUAUGCAGUGGUGGCCAGGAGGGAGGGGAUAUGGAAUUGUGAGUGUAGAGAGCUUGCUACGUGUCAUUCACGUAGUCCCAUACGAGAGCAGGGUUCCCAUCGCGACAGAACGCUUCUUCUGGAACGAGUUUAAAUGGUGAUGCAGGUCCCUUUAGAGGAAACCCAAGAAGCCUAAAACCGAUACCAAGACUUUACCGGCGACCAAGACGACCCAUUGGCUGCGGCAGUUCCCACUGCCCGUCGUGGCCUCAAGCGCGGGGCACAAUCUCUUGCCGCGUCUCGCAGCACCCCGGGAAGGACCAACGGAACCGCAUCCGCACCAGACGUUGCUACCACCGAAGCUGGCUCCGUUGCACCGGAGCAAAACAAAACCACCCUAAAUACUGCUACUGUCGUCGCCGAACCCAAUCCCAAUCAGGUGCCGCCAGGACCCACGUCAACAUUCGACGCCGCGGCGGAACAGACCAACUUCGACGACCUUUUCACGAGGUCGCUGCAGUCGCCCGUGCAUGCAUCUUACCCAGGAGGCGCUGGUGCCACGGUUUUCGGCCGGGUUAUGACCAACACUGUUGGUUCAGACCCAUCUGAUGAUGCUGUUGUGUUUCACGAGGCGUCUCGUGGAGCCCCAAUCGACGAUGAACUGCGCAUGCGGUGUGCCGUUCAGGAGGAGGAAGGGAAAGAGCUGAAGAAAGCUUGCGCAACCAAGGACGGCCACAUCGCAAGGGCACUUGACAUCGCGAGUACCCUGGCUGACCACGUCCUUAUGGACAGGUUUGCCCGCAUCGAUUUUGUGAGGGUCAUGUCUGAUAGCAUCGGGGAUCUCCUGUUUGAUGGCAACCUCCUCAACCUCUCUCCGAGGCGAAGCGUUUUCGUCGAGAGGCUUGUUGCCAAUGCAGGUUUCACGCUUGGCACCGAGGAUGCAGUCAAGCUCAUCGCUCUCAUGAAGGACCGCGACAUCAUCACUGCCACGGAGCGCCGAUUCAACAACCGCAUUGGCAAGAUCUACAGUGGCUGCAGGCAAGCACUGCGCAAGGCUCCGAUGAGGCUGCUGGUUGCUAAGCGUGGUCCCGAAGGGACACUUAAGUGGAGGGAGCCGUUCGAUUUCAUAAUCCGCUGCAGCAACUAUGUGAACGCGAACUCGACCAAGUUUAAGGGCAUUGAGUGGCACGUCACUUUGGGUGAACCCCUCUCGAGUGUUGCCUUUGUCGGCUGCGCGAAGUUCUUCAUCGAGCACUAUGACCCUAGUCGUCCCAUGGGUCUCUACCCUAUGCAGCUCCUUCUGAUACUUGCAGUGGUUCGUUUCAGGCUGCGUCACCCGGGUGCCGGCAAGCUCCAGCUGGAGCGGUCUGGCGACUCUCAGGCAAUGGCCAGGCAGGCCCGUGUUCUCCAGCGCUGGAUCAAUAGCCAUGGGGUGAGGACGGGAAACUACAUCGGGAUUGGCCGUGUGUGCCUUGUUGGUUGGAACGACAUCCCGCAAGAGGAGCUGGAUGUUGACGUGCUUGGGGAUGAGGAUGAGUUGGAUGAGGAUGUUGAUGAGGUGGUUACUGAUGAUGAGGAUGAUGAGCAGGAUGCUUAGGGAGUGGUCAUCUUGGUGGGAGAGGUUAUUGAGGGCAUGUAUCUUGACCCUAGUUGAGUGUGCUUCUAUGCGUUUUAGCAUGCAUGUUAGCUGGCAUGAUUUGCCUAACGUAGUUUUUGCAGUUUUUUUGGUUUGGUGAUCGCGUUUGUAUCACGCUAACAUUUUUAAUAUG